UGUAGGCUCUCCCAGCAGUGGGGUCUGGGCCUCAACCCCACCAUGUCGAGCCUCGGCGGUGGCUCCCAGGACGCCAGUGGCAGCACCACCACCACCACCAAUAGCAGCAGUGGCAGUGGCCCAAAGGCAGGAGGAACAGACAAAAGUACCACAGUGGCUGCGGCUACACCAGCCUCGGUGGCAGACGACGCCCCACCCCCUGAGCGUCGGAACAAGAGUGGCAUCAUCAGCGAACCCCUCAACAAGAGCCUGCGACGGUCCCGCCCACUCUCCCACUACUCUUCCUUUGGUAGCAGUGGCGGCAGCGGAAGCCUGAUAGGUGGGGAGUCUGCGGAGAAGGCCGCCGCGGCCGCGGCCUCCCUAUUGGCCAAUGGUCAUGACCUGGCUGCGGCCAUGGCAGUGGACAAAAGCAACCCUACCUCAAAGCACAAAAGUGGUGCUGUGGCUAGCCUGCUGAGCAAGGCGGAGCGGGCUACGGAGCUGGCAGCCGAGGGACAGCUGACGCUGCAGCAGUUCGCACAGUCCACAGAGAUGCUGAAGCGCGUGGUGCAGGAGCACCUGCCGCUGAUGAGCGAGGCAGGUGCUGGCCUGCCUGACAUGGAGGCUGUGGCUGGCGCCGAUGCCCUUAAUGGCCAGUCCGACUUCCCCUACCUGGGCGCUUUCCCCAUCAAUCCAGGCCUCUUCAUCAUGACCCCAGCUGGUGUGUUCCUGGCCGAGAGUGCGCUGCACAUGGCUGGCCUGGCCGAGUACCCCAUGCAGGGAGAGCUGGCUUCUGCCAUCAGCUCAGGCAAGAAGAAGCGGAAACGCUGCGGCAUGUGUGCGCCCUGCCGGCGGCGCAUCAACUGCGAGCAGUGCAGCAGUUGUAGGAACCGAAAGACUGGCCAUCAGAUUUGCAAAUUCAGAAAGUGUGAGGAACUCAAAAAGAAGCCUUCCGCCGCUCUGGAGAAGGUGAUGCUUCCGACGGGAGCUGCCUUCCGGUGGUUUCAGUGACGGCCGGGAACCCAAAGCUGCCCUCUCCGUGCAAUGUCACUGCUCGUGUGGUCUCCGGCAAGGGAUUCGGGCGAAGACAAACGGAUACACCCGUCUUUAGAACCAAAAAUAUUCUCUCACAGAUUUCAUUCCUGUUUUUAUAUAUAUAUUUUUUUUGUUGUCAUUUUAACAUCUCCACGUCCCUAGUAUAAAAAGAAAAAGAAAAAAAUUUAACUGCUUUUUCAGAAGAAGAACAACAACAAAAGAGGUAAAGACAAAUCUAUAAAGUACCGAGACUUCCUGGGCAAAGAAUGGACAAUCAGUCUCCUUCCUGUGUCAAUGUCGAUGUUGUCUGUGCGGGAGAUGCCGUUUUUGUGUAGAGAAUGUAAAUUUUCUGUAACCUUUUGCAAUCUAGUUACUAAUAAGCACUACUGUAAUUUAGCACAGUUUUAACUCCGCUCUCAUUUUUAACUUCCUUUGAUUCUUUCCAACCAUGAAAUAGUGCAUAGUUUGCCUGGAGAAUCCACUCACGUUUAUAAAGAGAAUGUCGAUGGCACCGUGUAGAAGCCCCUCUGUACCCAUCCACGUGUGCAGAGCCGCAGUCAGAGCCCACUGGGACUGGGAGUUCCUGGCCCAGGCCCGGCCAUGUUGCACCCACCGUCCCCUGGCUGGGAUCCCCCACCCCAACAGUGACGGAUUUUGGAGAGAUGAAAAUUCUAUUCAUUCGUUGAUCCACUGAGAUCUGGGGAGCCCACAUCUCAAUCCUGGCUACUUCCCCUAGAGAAAAUAAGCCCUCCUUUUUCCAUCUUGCUCACAGCAACAGAAGAAAGGGCUUCUCCUCGUGGUCCCCUGCUUAUCGGUAGUAGGUGCCCAAGGGGCUCCCCGCCUGUGGCCAGCUCCCUGCCGAGGAACAUGCUGUUUGUAUUGUUUUAGGAGACCAGGCUGUUUUGUGAAUAAAACUGAAUGCAUGUUUGUGUCAUGAUGAA